AUGCCACCCCUCCCAGGCGAAGAACGGUUACUGACCGUGUUUACGGACGUUCACUAUUAUUUCACGGCGCCCUCCCCGCAUCCUACCCACCAUCGGUUCGAUAAGGGUUCCUACCUCUACAUCUAUCAUAAUCCUACGCAGGGAGGGUCGAGGAUCGAGAUUGCGAAUAACCCUGGGACUCGCGAGCAGGAUGCCUUUAACGGCUCUCUAUCGUCCUCCCACCUACGCACAUCCGAUACCUUCCCAACCCUUUUCACCCUUACGGUAGAUGGAUGCCGAAACAGCGUAGACGGGCCUCCUUCAGCUCCUGGCGGCGGUGAGCAUGAAUGGCGUUUAGGAUGGACGAAUCCAGCUGAUAGAAGCACGUCAUAUUUCCGCCUACAUACCCUGGAUCUAUACUUCUGGACCCUGGAUGAUGCGAGACAGUUUUUGACCACCAUCAAGAAGGUGGUGGGCCCUAACCAGCUGGAAAAUAUUCAGCAAACACAACCACCUUCCUCUCUGCAGGCCCCAAUGAGCAGUGUGGUGCAAAAUCUGGAGAAUGUCGCAAUAUCAGAUCCAAACUACCAUCAAGCAAAGGCGGAAUUGCGUCCCAAUGAUGCUACUAGUCUGUCUAACAUCCCUCCUCCACCACCGCCGCCACCAAUGCAUCCCACCCCUCCUAUAAUGCCUGCAAACGUGCAAAUCGUGACUCAGCCAGUCAGCCCGAUAGAUGAGAAGGCACCUCAAACAUCUUCGGCUCCAAAGAGGGAAGAAACACCAGCAACGUAUGCACCUCUUCCUUACAAUCCUGCAGCUCCACCCGCCCCGGAGCCGAUAAAGCCUCGUGAGGCGACACCUCCACCACCGGAUGCUGCAGAGGGAACUGGACUUUCUGGCGGUGGUAUGGGAAUGUCAUUUGCCCCGCCGCCUACGGGAGACAUAGAAAGCCCUCAGCCCGUUCAGCCGCAUGGCAUUGGCAAUGUCAAUAUGCAGCCAUACGGUGUUCCGGGUGCGCCAGGCACAUAUUCUCCGGCACCUUCGAGCCUUCAUCAGCAGCCAUACACCCCAGGACAGCCUCCACCCGGUGGCCUGUCGUUUGGCCCUCCCCCAACUACAGCCAGUGUCCCUCCCAGCGCCCCUCCAGCCACAACCGCUAGCCAUCGCGGAAGCCUAAGUUCUAGUUUCGCUCCUCCUCCGCAAGAUCCCAAUGCACACUUAUAUGGGCAACAAAGUUAUGGGCCACCACCUGUCAGCCCGUUUACUCAGCCCCUAGCCCAAAACCAGGCCCAUCUUUCUCGACCGAAUAGGAACGAGGCGCCAAAAUUCGGUAAAAUUGGCAGCAAUGCAAUGCGUAUGGAGAAGGGAGUAAACAAGCUCUUUAAGAAGUUGGAGAAAAAACUGUAA